AUGCCCGCCAACCCCGGGCCUAUUGAGGGUCUGCCUGUGUGGCAGCGUCUUCAUGGUGUCCAAUUUCACAAAUGUGAGCUUCAGCUCAUCAAAGACAAGGGGAUCGGCCUUGUCGCCACGGAACAGCUGAGUCUUGUCGCCGACGAGGAGGGUUUCAAGAAUGACAGACCGCUGUUGACAGUCCCGCGAGGACUCGCAUUGUCAGCGGAAGCGGUCAGAGAGUACGCCAAUGUCGACAAUCGUUUUCGCGAGCUACUCCAUGCCACCGGCCACGAGACAGCGAGAGGCAAGAUAAUGCUCUAUCUACUGGUUCAUCUCGUCCGCUCGAGGCAGACCCCGUCCGAUUCCUACAGGGUGGCUGCUAGUCCGUGGACGGAUUAUAUCAAGUACCUUGAGCGCGACGGCUUGUUACCAUCGAUGUGGUCGGAGCAGGAAAGGAACCUGCUCCAGGGUACCUCGUUGGAGCAAGCCGUGGCAGCGAAACGAAACUCUCUGAGCCAGGAAUUCGAUGAACUCUGUGAGAAAACAAAGCAACUCGACUUCUGGAAUGAGUUAUUCUGGGAGCAGCGCAAGAUAUCAUUCGAGGAUUGGGCGCUGGUGGAUGCCUGGUAUCGGUCUCGGUGCCUGGAGCUGCCUUCCUCUGGCGACGCCAUGGUGCCGUCCAUUGACAUGGCCAAUCACUCGUACGAUCCGGAAGCCUACUACGACGAAGACAGCGACGGAGACAUUGAGAUCCUGCUUCGGCCAGGCUACAGUGUCGACCCAGGCAAAGAGGUCACCAUCUCCUACGGCAAGCUGAAGCGGGCAUCCGAGAUGCUCUUCAGCUACGGAUUCAUUGACAGGGCGUACAGCACGGAUGAAAUGACUCUUAUGGUCCGCUCGUUCGAAGAUGAUCCACUUUCUAGAGCCAAGGAGCACAUCUUUGGAGGCAUGCCGACGGUGCAGCUCCGUCGGACGGACGGGGUGCUGAACUGGCACAGUCCGUUCCUGCACCUCAUGUGCCUGAACGAAGAGGACGGGCUCGACUUUCGCAUCCUGCAAGACAACGAGGGCGGGCGGCAGCUGCGGAUGUUCUGGCAGGACGAGGACGUGACUGAACGCGCUGCAGACUUUGAGGCGCUCACUCAGGAGCACGCGUUAUGUCCAGUGUUUCGACUUCGAGCUGUGUCAAUCUUGUUGCAACAAAUGGUGGAUCAACUGCACCGACUGAAGAGGCCCCCCGAAGACGAAGAUGGCGAUCCCAUACAUGUCGCUGCCUCGGACCUGCGGCCAGUGUGCGUGCAAGCGGCCGCUACGUUGAAAGAAAUCGAGGGUUCAUUACUCGAGGCCACGGUUGCUGCGCUAGAAAAGGAGCAGCAAGACCUCUUGGCUGACGAGCGCGUCAAGGCAUACCUCGGAUCAAUGGAAGAUGACCCAAUGGAGACAGCGCCCAGCAAUGCAGCCAAUGAGGAUGUUGAUUUUAGCUGA